UCUUGAUGUUCCGACAGCUGCUGCAAACUUGUUCGCUGGUGGAAGCCGCAGGAUGUUGAUAAACAUCCUGCACCAACUCAAUUAAACGAAUGUGCAGAAGAGUUUCAAACGUCUGGACCAGCUCAAGCGAUCGCAGAAGAGUUGAAUGGAGAAAGUUUGGACCGUGUUUGCGGUUGUUUUAUAAAAUGCAGAGUCACUGACCGGGCCUCACAUCUGCUGAAGGAAUUCCAUGACCGGUGUUAGUGUGGCGACAGAGAGGUGCAAACGUGUGUUUGGGACCGGGAGUUUUGGAGUUUGAGGGAAAUAAAAGCGGUGGGAAGGACAGACUCCAUGGCUCAGGAAAAGAAGAAAGGAGGGGUCCUUCCUCCUGAUGGAGGGUGGGGAUGGAUGAUCGUGGCUGGCUGCUUUGUGGUAACUGUUUGCACAAGAGCUGUUACAAGAUGCAUCUCCAUAUUCUUCGUUGAGUUUCAGAUGCACUUUGCAAGAGAUUACUCUGGGACGGCAUGGAUUCAUUCAUUAGUAGACUGCACAACCAUGCUGUGUGCUUUGGCCUAUGGCAUUGCCAUGUCUGGCAGUGGCAUCGGGACCUUCAUCCUAGCCCCAGUAGUGCAGCUACUAAUCGAACACUACUCGUGGCGAGGGGCCCUCCUCAUUUUAGGGGGCUUUGUGUCUAACCUGUGUGUAUGUGGAGCUCUGUUACGGCCUAUCAUUCUAAAAGAAGAGGAGGCCUGUCCUCUUCCAGUAGACUCAGAGUGCGAGUAUGGGGUUAAGCCACCCGGCGUUCCUACGGGGAAGGCUGUGGAUGACAAAUUAGAAGUGGACUCUAAACAACGUUGUCUUCAGUCCAUGCAGGAAUACCACUUUUUGCUCAUGCCUGACUUCCUGGUGCUGGCAGGCUCCUUCCUGCUGCUGGCCAGCGGGUGCAGUCUGCCAUUUGUGUACCUAGUACCGUACGCUCUGGAUGUAGGUAUCGGUCAUCAGCAUGCUGCCUUCCUGAUGUCCAUACUUGGGGUCAUCGACAUCGUUGGCAACAUCACAUUUGGCUGGCUCACUGAUAGGAG